UGGGAACCCUGUGUAAGGGCUUUACUAGGGGAAACGGUGCUAGUUCACUGGGGUGCGUUUCUGGGAAGGUGAAUACCGGUGAAAGUUAUGCUGAGGGUGAGUAAACUCAAAAACUGACACUUGAUUCAGCUAUUGGAAAGUUUUUUAAUGUGGUUGGAACAACUGAGAACUUGGCAGGAUGAAGACAAAGUGUGUGAAAGGUCUUAAAGAUAAAUAUGAAUUUAGAUUCCAUACAUCGAUUAAUUGAGGAAACACAGAUCUUCCAGAUGCAACAAUCAUCAAUUAAGUCACGCGGUGACAUGGUGGCACCUGCCUCACCCCCCAGGGAUACCUGUAAUACCUGCUUCCCACUUCAUGGGCUACAAUCUCAUGCUGCUCACAAUUUCUGUGCGCACUCGUAUAACACCAACGAAUGGGAUAUUUGUGAAGAACUUCGCCUGCGGGAGCUUGAAGAAGUCAAGGCCAGAGCUGCUCAGAUGGAAAAGACCAUGCGGUGGUGGUCGGACUGCACUGCCAACUGGAGAGAAAAAUGGAGUAAAGUUCGAGCUGAAAGGAACAGUGCCAGGGAGGAAGGAAGACAACUCAGAAUAAAACUAGAGAUGGCGAUGAAAGAACUGAGUACACUGAAAAAGAAACAGAGUUUGCCACCUCAGAAGGAGGCAUUAGAAGCUAAAGUUACCCAGGAUCUGAAGCUUCCUGGCUUCGUAGAAGAAUCCUGUGAACAUAGAGACCAAUUUCAAUUGAGUUCACAAAUGCAUGAGUCUAUCAGAGAGUAUUUGGUAAAAAGACAAUUUUCUACAAAGGAGGACACAAAUAAUAAGGAACAAGGUGUGGUUAUUGAUUCUCUAAAAUUAAGUGAGGAGAUGAAGCCCAAUCUAGAUGGUGUCGAUUUAUUCAACAAUGGUGGUUCUGGAAACGGUGAAAUGAAAACUGGGCUGAGACUGAAAGCAACAAAUCUGCCUUUGGAAAAUGGAGUAACUGAAAUUUCAGCUUUGCAGGUGCAUUUGGAUGAAUUCCAAAAAAUCUUACGGAAGGAAAGAGAAAUGCGCACAGCUUUGGAAAAAGAAAUAGAGAGACUGGAGUCAGCUUUGUCUCUGUGGAAGUGGAAGUAUGAAGAACUGAAAGAAUCGAAGCCAAAAAAUGUGAAAGAGUUUGACAUUCUUCUUGGUCAACAUAAUGAUGAAAUGGAAGAACUGUCAGGCAAUAUAAAGGAAGAAGCCAAAUCUCAAAACAGCAAAGACAGAGUGAUUUGUGAGUUAAGAGCAGAGCUAGAGAGAUUGCAAGCUGAAAAUACCUUGGAGUGGGACAAGAGGGAAAUACUUGAAACAGAAAAGCAGGGACUGGAGAGAGAAAAUAGAAGGCUGAAGAUCCAGGUGAAAGAAAUGGAAGAGCUCUUGGAUAAGAAAAAUAGAUUAAGUGCAAACUCUCAAAGUUCUGAAUUCAAGAUGUCACAAAUUGAUCUGCAAGAAAAAAACCAGGCAUUACAUUCUUUCUCAGCCAGGAUGAAAGCUGUGCCACAAGAACCAAUGGCUUAAGGCUUCAGAGUUUGAAGAUGAAAAAUAAAAAAUUAGCCCUGGGAAUGGCUGUUACUAAAAAGUGAAAAAAAGAAAAGAAAUGAAAACAGAUGAUGGUGAAGUUGAGAAAUAAAAGGAAUGCUUAUACACUGUUGGUGGGAGUGUAAAUGAGUUCAACUGUUGUGGAAAGCAGCGUGGUAAUUCCUCAAAGACUGAAAAACAGAACUGCCAUUCAACCCAGCAGUCCCAUUACCAGGUACAUACCCAAAGGAAUACAAAUCAUUUUGUCAUAAAGACACAUGCAUACUUCUGUUCAUUGCAGCACUAUUCCCAAUAGCAAAGACAUGGAGUCAACCUAAAUGCCCAUCAACAGUAAACUGGAUAAAGAAAAUAUGGUACAUACACAUCAUGGAAUACUAUGCAGCCACAAAAAAGAAUGGGAUUAUAUACUUUGCAAGCACGUGAAUAGUGUGGAGGCUAUUAUCUUUAGCCAGGUAACACAGGAACAGAAAACCAAAUAAAGCAUGUUCUCACAAGUGGGUGUUAAAUGAUGAGAACACACGGACACAUACGGAAGAACAACAGACACUGGGGUCUACAGGAGGGUGGUGGGUGGGAGGAUGGAGAAGAUCAGAAAAAAUACCUAAUGAGUACUAGGCUUAAUACCUGGGUGAUGAAAUAACUUGUACAGCAAACCCCCAUGAUAUGAAUUUACCUACAUGUACCCCUGAACAUGAAAACAAAAAUAAAAGUAAAAAAAAAAUUAGCUCCAGGAACCAAAA